AAGCGGGGCACUGCAAAGAAAAAAGGCCAGGAGGCGAGACGGGGUACUUAAGGAAGGGCCGUGUACCCUAUGAGGGCAGUUCGAUGCAGUGGACCACGCAGGGCGCUUGCAAUCCCUUCAAACACACACGGAGUUCCCAUUGGAAAAACGAGAAGAAAACAUUAGAAAAAGUGACCUGUACGGAACAUGAAUUCCCGUCUUGGAGCAGCCGUGGCUGGCAUCAUGGGGCUACUCUUUGCCUUUGGGGCUACUGAGUUGUGGUCCUUCUCUCCGCCUGUUGCUCUGGCCGACUCCUGUCCACAGGAUAAGAGUAAAGGAGCAGCAGCAGAAGAAGGACUUUACAGUUCGAACGGAUUCCACAAGCCAUUCGGGGACGAUUACUUCGGGGGAGCCGGGGAGGAACUCGUUGAGGAAAUGAAGGCCUCUCACAUUGAGGACUAUCUCAGGUACCUGACGAGCCAGGGACACAUGGCUGGAACAAAGCAGGAUCUGGAACAGGCCGAGUACCUCCAGAAAUUAUGGCUGGAACAUGGACUCGAUCAAGUGAAGCUCCAGCCUUACGAAGUUCAGCUCUCACAUCCUAACCUUGAGAAGCCAAACAAGGUCUACCUCCUCGACGGGGAGGGCCAAAUCAAAUUCACCUCCACCAUCAUCGAGGAAUCGAUCGAUGGAGUCGAAUAUGACGACUCCAUUCCCCCGGCCUUCCUAGCCUUCUCCCCUGCCGGCACCAUAGUCACGGACGAGUUGGUGUACGUGAAUUACGGCCGCUACGAGGACUUCCAGCGGGUGGCGGCGAUGGGGAUCGGAAUCGAGGGCCGGGUCGUCAUCGCCAAAUUUGGCAAAAUCUAGGGGGACAAGGUGCAGAACGCCCACAGGUUCAACGCUUCUGGGGUCAUCCUUUAUACGGACCCCCAGGACUACCAUCCGGAAUCCGAAACGGGAGGAGCCGCUUAUCCGAAUUCUUUCUGGCUGCCAGGAUCCGGCAUUCAGAGGGGUUCGAUCGUCUGGCACGACGGAGAUCCUACGACGCCUUACUAUCCGUCAGUAGAUGGCGCGUACCGCGUACCGGAGGAGGAGACAGACACCCCUAGGAUUCCAGCUCACACACUGAGUUACAAUGACGCCCGGAAGCUCCUAGUCAACAUGGGCGGCUCGGAGGCACCGGAGUCCUGGAGAGGGAAACUUAACGUCACCUACAGGAUGGGCCCGAAGUUGGCGCGGGCUGGAUGGAAGCUUAAACUGGAAGUCAACAACAUAAAGCGAAUUGUGCCGACGUACAACGUCAUCGGCAUGAUUCGAGGUUCAGAGGAGCCUGACAGGUACGUCAUUUUGGGCAACCACAGGGACUCCUGGACCUUCGGGUCGUGCGAUCCUUCGUCAGCCACUGCCGUGCAGAUGGAACUGGUGAGGUCUUUCGGGCAGCUUCUCAAAAAAGGUUGGCGUCCCAGAAGGUCCCUCGUGUUUGCCUCCUGGGGCGCUGGGGAGUACGGGUUCUUCGGUCCUUGGGAAUGGGUUGAGGAAUAUUUAAAGGUAUUCGAAAUGAGGACGGUUGCUUACCUGAAUGUAGACCUGGCCAUUAUCUAUACGUAUAACCUGCAGGUUUCAGCGACGCCAUUGCUUCACAAAAUCAUCAGAGAAGCAACCAAAAGAACGCCGGCUCCAGACGAAUCUCUUGGUUACAACACUCUCUGGGACCACUGGACUGAUCGCGUCAGAGCCUCGUCCCCAGCUCUGAUGGAUUAUAAAUUGGGUUCCAUCAGCGAGCACGCACCUUUUUACCAGAGGAUUGGUGUACCAACUUCUUACAUGGUUUGGGAAAUAAACUUUGAGGAACUGGAUUGGUCUGAUUACCCGCUCUACCACACCACGUUCGAAGAUUUCAACGCCAUGAAAAACAUUCUCGACCCGGAGUUCCGAUACCACCUUUCGCUUGGGCAACUUUGGGGUCUCAUGGCCAUAGGCUUAGCCGAUGCGGAAAUUCUUCCCAUGGACCUCGAGGACGAAUUCACGAUGCUAAGAGGGAUGUUGGAAGGGCUUCAAGCAGAAUACGGACAAGCACUUGAGGAACGAGGCCUAUCCUUGACUCACGUAGAACGUACAAUUGAUGGGUUUACUGAUGUGGCGCGUGAUUUCAACAGCAGGAUGCGGAAACUUUGCGAUGUGCCUCCUCUCUUGGCUCGGCAACUGAACGACCAGCUCAUCGCUCUGGAAAAGUGUUAUAUAGACGCCGAGGGAAGCACUUAUAGGCCUCAUAUGAAGAACAAGAUGUUUGGCACCGACAACUUCAACCAGUACAACUCGUGGAUGGCUCCCGCCGUCAGGGACGCCCUUUGGCAAGCCACCCACUGCCAGGGAUCCUGUCGCUUCCAGUGGCAGACGGUCGAGAAGGAAAUCGCAGCUCUGCAGUACGUCAUCAACUCCGCCCUCCUGACAAUGAAGGAUAUACAGAGCCUCUAAAAUCGUCAUUGGUGGGCGCUUCCACACGGCAGUAAAACGUCAGCAACUUAUCACUCGCACAUCACCAACAUGUUGAAUACACGUCAGCAACUUAUCACUCUCACACAUCACCAACAUGUUGAAUACAUGUCAGCAACUUAUCACUCACAUAUCACCAACAUGUUAGCAACUUACCAUUCACAUAUCACCAAUAUGUUGAAUACAUGUCAGCAACUUAUCACUUACACAUCACCAUCAUGUUGAAUACAUGUCAGCAACUUAUCACACACAUCACUAACAUGUUGAAUACAUGUCAGCAACUUAUCACUCACAUAUUACCAACAUGUUAAAUACAUGUCAGAAACUUAUCACUCACACAUCACCAACAUGUUGAAUACAUGUCAGCAACUUACCACUCACACAUCACCAACAUGUUGAAUACAUGUCAGCAACUUAUCACUCAUACAUCACCAACAUGUUGAAUACAUGUCAGCAAAUUAUCACUCACAUAUCACCAUGUUGAAUACUUGUCAGCAACUUAUCACACACAUCUAUAUAUUGAAUACAUGUCAGCAACUUAUCCCUCACAUAUCACCAACAUGUUGAAUACAUGUCAGCGACUUAUCACUCAUAUAUUACCAACAUGUCAGCAAAUUAUCACUCACAUAUCACCAUGUUGAAUACAUGUUAGCAACUUAUCACUCACACAUCACCAACAUGAUGAAUACAUGUCAGCAACUUAUCACUCACACAUCACCAACAUGUUGAAUAUAUGUCAGAAUUUAUCACUCGCACAUCACCAACAUGUUGAAUAUAUGUCAGCAACUUAUCACUCACACAUCAUCAACAUGCUGAAUACAUCUCAGCAACUUAUUAUCGGUCUUGUCCAAUGUUUCAACUAUCAGCAUUUGCCGGAGAUUCGCUCUGUACUUACGGUCGUUGAUAUUUUUUCAACCUAUUUGUGAUAUGUUUAAGUUGCCAUCAUGUUGAAUACAAGUCAGCAACUUGGUAGUCCUAUCCAACGCCUCAGACGAUAAUGUUGUUGAUUUGUUUUCAACAUGCUCUUGAUAUGUAUGAAAUAAGUUACCGACAUGUGUUUAUGACGCGUUUGACUGCCGUGUGGUGUACCGCAAGGAUUCAGCUUAAAGCUGUUCUUGGAGAAUAUCAAGCAUAAGGUUUUGACUGGAAUUAUGCCGAUGUUGACGGAUUAAGUUCUAAGCUGUUACUGACGUGUGGCUGUGGCUAUUGGCAAGGAGCUUAAUUAAGCCGAUGUGGGCGGCAAGCCUUAUUGUAGAUCAAGCUUGAAAUUCGAUAUUAGUGGCUGAACAAGAUGUGACUCCAGGCCAGAUGUACCAAUAUCAUAUCUCGUGGAAGCUUUGUACUAGAUACUUUUAUACCUUUAUAUGCAAAUAAAAUUAUUAGUUGAGUGUUA